CUCCUCUACUAUGCUCUUUGAGGAUUAACGAUAAUGUAUCGAAAAGCUUCAUAGUAAACAAUUUGGGUUCUAAUGACAAGUUAGAUCUUUCUAUCCUCUUUGGUUUAUGGCAUUUUGAUGAAACAAGCGUUACAUCAAUGAGAAGUAGCAUCGACAGAUUUCUUCCAGGGAUUUUAAGUGUUAUGGAAAUGACAAUACAUUCACCAGCUUUCAUGCUCAUGUACCGAUACUUGGCGUUAAUACCGCUCCCUCACCUGCCUAAAUUUUCUUACAUGUCCCGCUUGAGUGUUACUCUUGGAGUAUCUGAUUUGCAAUUUUUACCAACCUUUCUCGAGAGCUGCCCGAACUUGAAAUCACUCAUCAUGGAAUCUAAUAGUAACUCUAAGAGGAUGCUUUUGAAUGGGAACUAUCAUAUCAAUUUUUCAUCUGUACCGAAGUGUUUGCUAUCGUCACUAGAGUUUGUCGAUAUCAAAAGCAGCAUCUUAGUAUAUGUUGCAAGGAUGAAGUUAGUAAAGUACUUCCUAGAGAAUUCCACAACCCUGAAGAAACUCACUCUACGUCUAGCUCUACGUUUGCAGUAUUGUUCAGCAAAAGAUGAAAUCGUCAAGAAACUCCGAAAAUUCCCAAGAAUCUCUAAAACAUGUCAAGUCGGGAUCGUCUUUGACUAGCUAGAAACACCCUGUGACGCUUUCUUUACUUAGCAGUUGAUCAGUC